GCUGUCAUAUAACGUUUAUAUCAAAUAGCAAUAUUGUGUCAUUCUAUCUUUGUUGUUCAAAGAUAGAAUAAUGCGAUAACUUUUAGCGCGCUCUCCAGAUGCAACUUUUGUUAUUUCACGCUUCUAACGCUAACGCUUCUAACGCGCGUUCUAGUAUUAUUAUAUUUCAGUGUAUAGAUUAUAUCAUAACCUAUACUGUGUGCAAUAUAUAUAUAUAUAUAUAUAUAAACUAUUUUAAAUUUUUAUAUCGAAUUCGUUUUUUAUCAUUGCGAUAUCGAGAAUCGCAUCGUGUCAUCAAAAUAUGAUUUCAAAUCGCUACGGAGAGGACAGGGUUUGGAAAAAUCUUCAAAUAAAUGACAAAAAUCAUAUAAUUUGCUUCACGAAGGUAGCUGAAUCAUGGAAAGUUCUUUUAACGGAUCUAAUAGAAAUUUGGAUGGAGACUCUAACCGAUGAAACGAUGUUUCACAAAUGUCAGAGUUUAAAUCCUCUUUUAAAUCUCGAUGCCUUUGACUGGAAGCAAUUGAUACUGGAUAUGUUAAACAAUAUUCCUCAAUAUGUGCACACAAAUGUCCUAGAAAUCAAUAUGUAUCAAAUAGAAUUGCGGAAAGACAAGGAAUUCGUAAAGUUGAAAUUCUCGUUGGAUCUCCUUAAAGGAACGCCGCAACAGUUUUGGGAAAACGUGACUAUGCCUUUUUGCUUAUCUUCGAUGGAAUUGAUUCGUCAGCAUAAAAUUCUGCUAGAUUUGGUGAAACAAAAAGAUGAAGAGAUUGCAGAAUAUAAAGCGGAAGGCGCGAAGUUGAUUAGGAAAUAUAUCGCUACAAAGCCAUUUAGCGAAGAGUUAUUUCACAUUGAUGCUGUCGGAUUUAUUGCAACUGACUUCGUAAAAACUUUUCAAUCUGUGCUCCAUUUUUAUAAUGAAUUAAAUUUGCCAAAUAUGAAAUAUACAAAAACAGAGUCUGAAGUGUCUUCGACGAAUAGUGUAAGUGACGAUGUUUCGAACAUUGAUGAGAAUGCUCUUCCUGAUUCAUCUAGGAAUGAAUUUAAACAAAAGCUAAGACAAAAUGAAUCAGAUAAGAAUGAGCAAGUACAUUCAAAAGUUAAGAAAUGUGAAGAAAAUCCGUCUUCCAGCAAAAUUUUGGAUAUAAAUAGCGUGUCUCAUACGAUAUAUAAAUUGAAGAAGAAUAAAAAAACUUUAAGUGAUUUUAUAAAAUAGUGAAA